AAACAAGCGAAAGUGGGCAGAAGACGCAGGCGAUCAACAUGGCUGAGCGCAUUUCGCUGAAGUCGCGUCCUCUGGACCUGGUCUAUUUCCUAUUCUUCCUGAUGCAUAUUCCAGCGACCCUGCUAAUUGACCUGCAAGCAAUCUACCCCACGACGAUGGUCCCGAAACUUAUCGCCCAGCUGCCCGUAUUCUACGUGCAGAUGUCCGGGGACCCCUUGAUCGGGGGCGGGAUGGGAUACUUUGGCACGAAGGAGACUUACGUCUGGUUCAAGACCUUCCUCUUCCUCGAAGCAAUAUUCCAAUUACCAGUGUUCGUACUCGGCGCUCGCGCUCUGUACAAAGGAAACCGCUCUAUAUACCCCCUCCUGCUAAUCUACGCCGCCUCCACUACCACCACCACCCUGCCCUGCCUCUCCGUAAUCCUCACCACCCCGCUCGUCCAGACACCGUCCAGUGAGGCUCUCACAUACGUGACUAUCACGCCAGCGCAGCGCCUGCUCCUCUUAUCGAGUUACUUGCCGUUCUUCUUACUCCCGCUGCUGAUGACAGUGGACAUGGCUAUGCGCGUGUCUUCGCUGGUGAAGGCAGGACUAAGUGCUGAAACACAGAAAAAGACCACAUAAUCUGUAUCCCGACUAGCAUCCAUUACUGGUGCCUUCUAUUUGAACUGUACACAGAUCAUGCAGUAGGUCAAUAGAGUACGGCCUAUCUAACGAGCUCAAGUUCAC